AUGGAUGUCGAGAAGAAAGCUCAUUUUGACUGGAUUGAGUCCUCUGUCCUUGAAGAAAUCGAGGUGGACUUUGCGGGAACAUUUUGUCGAUAUUCGGCCGAAUGUGAUUUACAGCUCAAUACCUUUGCACGAUUUUCAGGAAAGCCGGGUUUCGUUGAACGUGCUGUUUCAAGAAGGUUUAUUGCAAAUCCAGACGACCUGCUCGAGGCGGCCACUUCAACAGACCAAUACCAGAUCUUCUGCAUACGCCAGAAGCAUUCAUACAGUCGACUGUACAUAACUCGUGAUCUUUUCGACCAACUACUUCACAGCUACUCAGUGUUUCAGCGCUUUUGGGAUUUCAUAAUUCCUUUCAGCUUCAAAACCAGGGAGUCUGAUAUCAGCCAUGCUCCAUUCAGAUUUCGGCAACUAGAACAUGUCUUGAUGAGCGACCUGCAGCCAGGUUCGUUUGAAUGUGCAUAUGGGUUUCGAUAUGCUGUCCUGAAUCACCGAAAGGAAGCCAUGGAAGACAACCCAGACUACGAUCCGUGGUCAAUCCGGCAAACCGCCAUAUAUCAACAAUAUGACAGAGAAAAAUCCAGGGUCAUGGUUAUUCUCAUCUCUCCUCCUGAGACUUCUAGGAAGCUUUUGGAGCGCAAUAUUCAGUCUCAUCAUGACAAGAAAACGAAGCUCAACCCAUUCGAUCUCCAUCGCAUCUUGAUUUCGAACCUCCAUGAGAAUUGGAGACUAUACAUAAGAGACCUGGAGAAGUUACUCAAGCAGCAAUCAGAUCGAGUUACUCUUACCCAAGUCCAAAACGAGACGGAGAAUCUCUCACCGCUGGCUAACUUCCCUAUCAACUUUGUCGAUCGUCAGAGGUUGAAGGUGAUGGAAGACAAGAUUCUAGAUCUGAAAAUUGUUUUUGAAUCCCUUUACAAUACAGUCACAAAGCUUCAAAGACAAUGCCAGAUCCAUUGUUUGGGUUCCAGCUGCCCUCAGUGCAUCUGCAAUAACAUCAUAGAAGAAUUUGAGGAGCAAAAGCAUGAGAUCAAGGUUAACAUGAAGAAGGCAGAUAUUCUUCACCAACGGAGUCAAGGGACCGCUCAGCUUCUUUCCGAUUUGCUGGACUACGAGAAUGCUCAGAUUGCCAAUCACAACGAGAAGUCUCUUAACGACUUGGCCAAGGAGUCAAAAGAGGAGAAUAGCAAAAUGAGAAUACUGACAGAGAGAAGCACACAAGAUGCAGCUGCCGUCAAAAUACUCACCGUCAUAACCUUGAUAUAUUUGCCUGUCACAGUCGUUGCUAGCAUAUUCUCCAGCCAGCUGAUUCACGUUGACGAAAACGGUCGACUCUCGGUAAUUUCAGAGUCUUGGUGGUUUGUUGUUGUUGCUUUGCCGCUUACAGUAUUCACCUUUUUCCUGUGGCGAUUUUGGCUAUCGUACAACUUACGAGAGCAAGACCGAAAAGACCACUCUGUGCAUGAACAGGGCAUCCGCCCGAGGGGGCUACGGCGCCUCGUUUUGCCGUUCCAUAACAGCAGCCAAACGCUGCCAAUUAUGAGCAGACGCCUAGACUGCCUGCACAGCCGCAGAGAUGGACUUAAUUCAAACGAGCUUGCUUAG